CUGAGAGAGGACUGUUCAGAAUAGAAAAGUUUUUCCUGGCUUUGCCAUUUUUUGGAUUUUGACAUUACCCGGAUUAUAUUUCUGCAAGGCUCAGGAGUCAUACAUCAGUGCGAAAAGACAAGGUUUUUCAGAGGUAGAGGAUCUUUUUAUCUUGACUUACUGCAUGGAUCUAGUUUAACUUUAAGAAACAAACCAGCACAAAGAGGCCUAAUAAGGAAAAGAGCUUUGUGGAAAAGUUUAACGAGUAGUGUUCAAGUUCAAGGUGGGGAGUGUUAAGGAGAGGAGAGCAGAGGUGUGCUGCAUGGAGGCCACAGCCAUGUCUGAUGGCAGGAGGCGCCCAGAACACACCCAGCUCUAACCACAUCCACUAGGAGCCUCAGAGGUGAUACAGUUCCUGUGGAGACACUGACAAGGUUGUGUGCCCAUGAGGUCGUCCAUGCUGGUCCUGCUUUUCUUCUUCAGUGCCCAGGCUGUGGCCACUUUUAGAGGGGACUCGGACAGCACCACAACGGCACAGCAGAAUAACCCCAACUCCAUUCCCAUCGUGGACCCCAAACUUUUUACCAAGCGCCACCGUCUCUCACCCAGAGUACUUUUCAGCUCUCAGCCCCCUGAUGCAGAGCCAACAGGGUCACAGGGUGCCAGCAAAAGGACCCGCAGGCUGGCAGGGCAGCCUCAGCACCGAGGGGUCUACUCAGUGUGUGAGAGUAUUAGUGUCUGGGUGGGCAACAAGACCAAAGCCACAGACAUAUCGGGCAAUGAGGUGACAGUGCUCCCAGAUGUGAAAAUCAACAAUGUCAACAAGAAGCAGUACUUCUUUGAGACAACGUGUCACAACAGUCGAUUGGGUGGCUCAGGCUGUUUAGGAAUUGAUGCGAGACACUGGAACUCUUACUGUACCAACUCACACACUUUUGUACGAGCGCUUACUUCAUUUAAGAACUUGGUGGCGUGGAGGCUCAUUCGUAUUAACGUGGCAUGUGUAUGUGUGCUAAGUCGCAAGUCAUGGCGACAGUAAAAGUUUUCCUGCUCAACCCACACACACACAGUAUACGGUAUAUCCACAGACAUGUUAACAUGCAGACAGCUGCAUCUUAUCACCAAAGACUUCUUACCCUAUGCACAAAGUAAAUUAUUGAAAUAAGGUAAAGUAUCAGGUCUGUAUGUAUACAUUCAAGACCUGGGUCAAAGAGUAUCUGCAUGUGGUUUAUACCUAACAUUUUUACCUGGUUCUAUUAGGAGGCUAUAGUUGCAUGUUUACCUGAGUCUCAUCUUUUGGAGGUGUAUUAUUGGUAUUGCCUCCAGUUAAUAUUUAUCACAUCUUUAAAGAACUGCGCUGAGAAUGCAAUAAAGAGAGAUAAACUGUUUAAAAGGAAUUAGAGAUCUUUAUCAAGCAUCUUACUCUUGAUAUUAACUUGUUAGCAACUUAUAAACAUAUAGAAGCUCUUUUACAGUUCCAAUAUGUAAUGUGGCUAAAUUUGGUUGUACUCUUCAACACCACCCUAGAUAUCACUAAAUCAAAGUAAAUGCUCCCUGUAAAUGAAUUUUAUUUAGAAAUUCUUCAGUCCUGUGGUUAAACUAAAAGUCAAGUAUUACUUUCCAUCAUUUCCAAACUUCUACUUUUCACCAGUUUAAAAAAUGAGGCCUAAAUUCAUCUGAACAGGAGCCAAACAACAGCUCAACAAGAUAUAUGAUGAUCAAGAGAUCUGUCCCAGACAGCCACAUCAGAUUUAGACAGAAAAUGUUGAUGACUGUAAGUUUGCUUACAGUCAUCCAGCUGCCUGAGUUCCCUUGAUUACUGGCAUUUAAAGAAAGAAUAUAGAGAUACUAGUCAGUGAAUAUACUGAGAAUAAUUUUUGUCCAGUUAAUUUUUUUUAACAAACACAUGUAGUUCAUUUCAAUUCCUUGUGUGGUAUAAAAAUCUUCAACAUUGGUCAAACAUUUGCACUCCUGCAGUAGUUAAAACAUGGCUGAAAUGGAUCUCUGCAUUUUGCUUUAUAACAAAUAACCUUUUCAGUACACUAUUAAAAUUUCCAGAAUUUAAAAAUCCAGUUUGAGCUGAUCUGAGCUAAUCUGCUCUGAAUUAUAUGCAGAAUUUCUCCUGCCUCUUACAGCAGGUUUAACUUAGUGGGAUUUAGUUAAUGGUUUCUGAACACAGAAACCAAACCACUGCUUCUCUGUAAACUGUAGCUUCCAGAAACACUGCAAUUCAGUUUACGAGAGCAUGUGGCUCAGUUCCAGACAGCACAAGCUUAAACCUGUGCUGUAACCAAUAAACAGCAGCUGAGCUACUGUCAGAGAAACAGCCUGUAAAAUGCUUGGUAUAACAACACAUUUAUACUACUUGUAGUAUUUUUCUGUCUCACCAUACACUAUGCAUUACAGCACACACAAUUAAUGCAAACAAAUGCAACUAAAAAAAACUUUGCAAAUACAAUUUGACCCAGGCCUGGCAUCAACAAUACUUUGGUACAAAUUAUAUUGUUGAUAUUGUUAUUUAUUAAAUAUAUACAAACAU